UCCGCUAACAGGCUGCUGUUUCUGUAGAUCCUUUAAAAAAAAAGAAAAAAGAUGAAUUUCAUGGACUGUUUGGUUUGAAUUGGAUAAAACAAGCACAAGCAGUGGUUUUCGAACUUAAUGUAAAAGGAAUGUAAAGAAAUGUAAUGCUCAAAACACAUUUCCAUGAUUUAGAGUUUGACUGGAGAGCCUGUGCCAAAAGGCGCCACCUGUUUUUGACAGUCACAGGAUGAGUGAAGUGGAUCUGCAGCUGAAACUGAAUCAAAGCAAAGGCAUCAGGCAGCGGCGUCAUUCAGAUUUGGGGACUGAACAGAAGAGUUUACAGCCUCAAGACUUGGAAAAUGUCUGACAGAGAGUCGAACACAGGUGAUGCCUCAGAGGUGAGAUGUGAUACUCAAGAGUCAGACCCGGAAGAGGAGAUAAAGUGCACUCGUGCGACUGGGGAUUCACAGAGGGAGAUCCCGUCCCUACAGGAACUAGAGGGGGUUUUAUAUUCAGCUCCGCGCUCCUGUCGCCAUGGAGACGAGGUGUGGCCACACCUGUAUCUGGGAGACAUGUUUAUGUCUCAUGAUAAGUUUGGGCUCUGGCAGCUGGGCAUCACUCAUGUGCUGAACGCCGCACAUGGGAAACUGUGCUGUAAGGGCAGCGAUGAUUUCUAUGGAACAACAGUGAAAUACUUCGGGGUCCCGGCCAACGACCUGCCAACGUUUGACCUUUCACCUUUUUUCUACCCGGCGACCGAGUUCAUUCACCUGGCUUUGACAUCAGGAGGUACGUGCAUGCUAGACAACACAAGAGUUACUAUAAAUUACCAUACAGGUGGGGUCACCUGUCCUUCCAGUUUCUUUGUUCGUGUCUUUAUGUUUUAUGAACUCCCAGGAAAGGUGUUUGUGCACUGCGCUGUGGGUGUGAGUCGCUCGGCUGCCUUGGUCCUAGCCUACCUGAUGCUUCAUCACCGCCUCACUCUUCUGUCCUCUAUACGCUGUGUGCAAGAGAAACGCUGGAUUUUCCCAAACAGAGGCUUUCUGCGACAGCUUAUAGCCCUGGACCGACAACUGCGGGACAAAGGGUUGAAUGAGCCAAAAUAAAACAAAGCUAGGA